AAAACUUUUCACUACGAUUCUCCAUUUUGGAGUAACAGAAUUGACCACAACCUCGCCGGGGGCAAGACUGGUUUCGACCACGAAGAGACCAAAUUACCAUCCUACUGGAAAACUCCCUUCUCCAAGAUCUGCCUCGGCAUGAGAGUGGGUCAUCAAGUAAGAUUCUUUACUAUCAACAAGAACUCCAACUCGCUUUUCUCUCUGAUCGCUGACGGAAAUUACCGCCCCACUCAGGAGGGCCGUAAUACGUGGAAGAGCCUGAUUGGCUCUCAGGCGUCUUUGGAGUUCCACUGUAAUAUGGAGGGGUUUAAUGCUAUGUGUAGAAGAGGUGAUCGUUCCAAGGCAAGAAUCGGUAUACUUGGUGACGACGGAGAUGGCUGUUCAUCCUGUAGUUCUAGGAUUGGAUUCGGUAUGGGAGGAUUUCCUGAUGACUCAAACACAUGUGGAAAUGUAGCUACAAACAGACCCGAUAAUGGAGAAAGACGCAUUACUGCGAUGGGUUACAUACUGGUCCAAUAAAGCCAAGUUCAUAGUUUACUUGUGAUAUCUUUCCUUCCAAGUUAACCCCCCUAGGGUUAAGCGUUGAUCCGUGUCCAGCCCUGUACCCCUUUCAAAAAGCUAAGAAGUUUAGAACGCGGUAUCCCGAACCUUUUAACCCCUUAAGCCCCAAUGGUGACCAACAUCUAUUUUCUCCUAACGACAUCCAUACAUUGUCAAGAUAAGGUUAUGUGAAUUAUUGAAAUGAUCACUACAGAGAAAAUGCUUUGAUCUUUUAUCAAAUUCUCUCAACGCAUUCUUUAAGGAAGUGUAUAGAGAUCAGUUUGGAGAAUUGGUAUGUGGAUUUUGGGGCUUUUAAGCUUUAAAAAGGGUAAACUUUUGUAAAUGCGCCAUCUUGUAAAUAUGAAUAAAUGCCUUAACCAGGAAGUUCUCUUGUCUUUUUCUCUUUUUGGUCCGUUUACAGACCAAAAUGACAGAUUUCCCUGUACGGUUAACGACCACUUUCUGCGAACAACAACAACAAAAGCAACAGAAUAAUAUGUCCUCCUCGGGCUUAGAUUUUCCGCUGACUUUUCAUCAUUGCUUUCUCUAGAUAAAUUAUGGCGACAGAGAAAAUCGUUUUAUGUGAUCAUCUGCACCGCAUUCGGCUUUUCCUACAUUUCGACGUGCAACGUUGAUAGCCAAUCAGGAGGCGCUAGUUCCUUGGGGGCGAGACUUUCAAAUUCAAAAUUAUUUGAUAAUUAUUCUGUUUUCAAGCCGACACGCAAAAGCACAGCACAUGUGGCAAACAUUGCUUUGCACUCUAAAAGAAACCUUGCUCUUUCAGCAAAUAGCUAAUAUUACAUUACCUGCAUCUUAAUCUUUACCACAAAAGUGAAGAAAUGAAGUUCUUUAACCGGCCACGGAGAUCGUAAGGUAGGCAGACACAACUUAUACUUCUACUUCUACUUUCAGCUCACAAUGAUACAAACCUGACAAAGCCUGAGAUAGAUAUUUGACUUUUAUUGUUUUAAUUCCACCUCGUGUCAACAUAUUGUUCUCAUGUUUACAUCUAGUUAAUUUUGUGUCAUUGAAGAAAUUUCUGUUGGAAGUGAAAACCACGCCGCAAGGUCAAAGCUACUUUGGCGAUUAUUAAUGUCCAUGACAAAUGAUGCACGUGACAAGCAUGGAAUGCGACCCUGAACUUGAUCGAACUUCAGAAAUUGAGGGGCGCGAUUCGGUCCAAAACUCGAUGGAUCGGUUCGAUCCGACCGGAAACGUUUCGACAAAACUGGUCCACUUUUUGAGGUGGAUCACUUUUUCUAGUUGGACCGGUCGGAAUUGGUUGAAUGGAUCGCGCCCAAAUACUUGUUUCAAAUAAUUAAAGCUACUUGCAAACGGAUGCAACAACUACCAAACAUUUUUGGCCCAACAAUGUUGGGAGUUGUUGCGUCCGUUUGCACCUGGCUAAACUUUUGACCGGUUUCAAACUUUGCGCAGCAACUCCCAACAACACUCAACAACGUACAACAACAUCUAACAAGGUGUGCAAACGGACGCAACAUGGAACAUAUGUUGGGAGUUGUUAGCCAACAAUGUUGCGUCCGUUUGCACGGGGCUUAAGCAGUAAGCCUAAGCACUUUUAGGGUCAGUUUAUUACCAUUUUAUUAAGAGCGAUUCUAUUGAAAGCCUUGUAUGUUAAUUCUUAUGCAACAGAGCGACGACUGAUAAGAAGUCAACUGGACUGCUCAUCGGCGUUAGACUAGCCUCCGGUUGACAUGCGUUGCUCAAAGAUGUCUCAACUUUCCUUAAACUCCCUGAUAUCUAAAUAUAACCCAAGGGUGACACAAAAAUUGUUGGGAGCCUCCUUGAUACAGGGGGAAAGCUAUGGGCCACCAUUAAAAAAAUCACCACGUGACUGAAGAGCAAUACCAUUGAGUCUUCCAUUCUUAUUUUGUAUUUCCCACAUUAGUAAGAUACUGCGCACCUCAAUGAAAUAAACAAUACUAGAACAAUAACUGACGCUUCGAGCUGAUCACAGUGCAAUGCUAUCGAGAGAUUUUUGUCUCAAAAUUAGAAAUUUUAAAACUUUCAUAAAUGGCAAAAUAUGUACCUUCAAAAAACAAUGCCUCUUAGCGCGAGUCUAUCUUCACUUUUGUUAUCAAUGACUUUAAAAAGGACAAAAACAGACAACAAAACCAAAUUAAGUAAUCGUAGACGACGUUUCACAGUCACUAUUAUUGAUUCAGCUUUAAUUUUUUACAAAGUUGCCGCUCUACAAUGUACAGCGUUUGACUGACAAUUUAAUGAAUUGGAAAACAAGAAAUUUGAAAAAUGUAAUUUUUUUUGUUUGCACCCAGAGUGACGCAAGGUUAGUAUUUACUCGCGGUAUUCGUGCACGCGUGAAUGUACUACUCUGAUUGCAGCCGCUUUCGGACUUACAGCCCCAAUUAUAAAAAACAACCGUUACAACUGUAAUCAAAUCCAUCUUUUGGGUCUGUCGGCUAAUUUGUCUUUUAUGAUGAUUCGAAUGAUACGUCCUUCAGUUUUUAGUGCUGAUAACUGGAAAAUUCAACUGGAAAUUUCUUGAAUUUGAUUUUGCCCAUUAGUGGAACUUAAAGAGUUUAGAUAUCGCCACGAGUGCGAUGAAAACAAAAGAAAUUCAAUUUUAAAUGAUAACAAGAAAAAAAAGAUUAGUUUUCUGAAAGAUUAUAUUUUCCGGUGGCACUGAGGGUUAGCUGUCGACUAAUACAACAAAGAAAAAUUUCAUUUAAUUAGCAUAUCUCGUGAUCCAGCUGCCGUUUUCCACAUCUUUUAAAAGAGCUAGUUUUAGCACACUGACGUUUAAUUACAAGCCAUUUUCUACCCUCGUCAAGUAUUCUUAAAAAGCUCUAUAUCCUGUAUGGAUGAGAAAAAGCUUUUGCUAUAACAGCGGUAACGGUCUUCGUUUGAAGAGGUGAGGUUUCUGCUAUAAUAUUUUAUCCCAUUGUACGGUGUCCGGAUUUGUAUUCCCGCAGCUAUCUCGCCCGUACUGGGACAAAUUGAAAAAGAAAAAGAAUACAGUAACUGUUAAAAUAUAAAGGUCUUAAAUUUCAGUUAACCUGUACGAGAAGCAUGCAAAGCUACAUUGUCCAUGAAGGCGCUCAUGGAAAGAAAUUUAAAGAGAAAAGUAUAAUUGUUUAAUGUAAAGUUAAGAAAUAACAGAGGAUAUUGGUUCAAGUCACGAUUUUUUCCUUCUUUCUGAAUUAAAUCAGAACUAAAAGCGAUCAAAUAGCUCAUAAAGCUUCUGUUAGCUUAUAGAGACUAAAACCGAACAGUUAAAAUUAAGGAAGGUUGAGAUUUUCGUAUCUUUUUAAAAAACUAGAAGAAAAAUAUGAAAAUUAAAUAUAGUAUUAAUAGCAACGUUAUCAGAUUGCAUUUUAUGCAUCCUCUUUGUAUGCAACCAGAGCCGGGAAAUAAUCGUUUAUAUAAAUAUAUUUGCAUUCACAGCUGCUUUUGUACAAAGUAAUAAACGACAAUAAUACAUUGUUGGAACCUUAACCUAACCCCAGUACCAUCCCAUAACUAAAACAAAUUGCUUAUUUAAGACAAAGCAAUACACCACCGCUCCAUUAUCAUUAUUUUUUAAAACAGCGUUAGAUUACUGCUUAUUUACCUUAUAUAAAGAUUUAGGAGGGGGGGAGGGGGGAGGGGGGUACUCCCCAUAAUGGCCUAUACGUGAGGCUCCUCCAGAAAGGAGUCCCUUCUGCAGGCCUCAGGUAUGUAAAAGGGCACCAAAGGGCUAACAGAUGUAUUUUAUGGCUGUGAAAAAGUCGAGAAAGCGUUCUGGCUUUCUAUUUUUUUUUCUUUAAUUUUAUGCUCGAACGACAGAGCAUUUACGGAAUUAAAAGGGAUACAAAGGUGUAAGCUAGGUAUAAGAAAGGGGUACCAUUUAUCAUUGAAGUUAUACGAAAGGGGCUUGGCCUUUUCUGUCAAAAAUGGUAUAAAAAGCAUGAUGCCCUCCGUAUAAAAACUUUGUUGAGUACCCCCUCCUCCGGCCAAGGCUUUGCCCUCAGUGAAAGUUAAAUGUUAACAAUGGGUUGGGGGGGGGGGGAAAUAAGGUGGGUGGUCUCCACAGAUUCUGAUGACGAGCCCUUUAAAGUUUUUGUUAGAGAAUUAACUAAUCCAGGACCCACCUGAAAAAAUCAAACCGUUUAAAGAAACAACGAGAAGGCGAUUGAACUUCACCAUUAAGCGACCACCCUCAAGGUAACGGAAAUAGGCCGCUUAAUGGAGGUUUAACUGUGUAGUAUUUGAAAUCUGAUCUUUUUGUAACGCUCUAGUGUAACUGUGAUGUCAAAUGUUCUAUAUCAUUCUUUACCACAUAGGUAAUAGUAGGUAAAUAGUAUCUUAAAGAUAAUAGUAUCACCUUUCAAAAAUCCAUUUCCUGUGCUUUAAAACGUCGAACUCAAUCCUUUUAAUGGGAUAUUUAUCCUGUAAAAAUGAAACUAUCAGCCUCGUACCCAGGCCUGUUCGCGCUAUCCGAGUGAACAGAGGAGGCUUGGAACCGAGCGCGAUAGCUGGGCGAAUUUUCCCGACAAGCUUGACAGGUGACGUCACAUCCGAAAUCGCCGAGGACGACUGGGAACGAGGCUGUGAAACUAUCACGUAGCUACGUUCUUGGCAUCUAAAUACAGAGAACCGGAUCAAAAAAUGAGGCGCGCUGUUGUGUGCCCUGUGAAAAAGAUCUCUCCUUAAUUUGAUGAUUUACAUACGUAAAAAAUUGGCCCAGCAGUUCCACUCCCAAAAUAUUUAGCAAUCCACUGAUUUCUCUUGGGUUUCUUUUGAAAAGAUCACACCCUCAAUUUUACUGAGACAGCGUUUUCUUAGUUUCCUGCGACGUGGGGGAGGGAGGAGGGAUAGGCUGGGAGGCCUUCCCUCUAUAACUUCAAAGCCGCUCAUAUCACUGUCACCAAAAUUAUACAGAAUAAGUUACUCAUCAUUUCCAACUUCUAGGCAAAGCAUAUGAUAAGAUAUUAAUGACGUAAUAUGACGUCAUUAUGAUAUUUAUUGGCAGAAUCCAGAGUUCCCUCAAAGUAGAGGUAAAGCGUAAAAUACUGAAAUAGUAAAGGUGUCUGAUAAAAUCAAGAUGGUAAACACAUAAAUAAUCUUUUACAGUAGAAAUGAAGCUACAUGUGACCCUCUACAGGAAAUUGAUGCUAAAGGUGAAAGCACGCUCACGACACGCUUGCACGACACGCUUAGCGUGCCGUAGAUCACGGAUAUGCGCAUAUUAAAUUGUUGUUUUGGUAAAUUUAACACGCUAGACCUUUUGUUUUUUUGUAGCGUGCGAUAUGUCACGGUAAGUGUGCGAAUUAUACCAUGCUUAGCGUGCAAUUUGGGUAAGACACGCCGAACACGCUUGAUUGCUAAAACUGCUAAGAUGAUAAAAAUGGCUUUGGUUUUCAGCGGAUUUAAUCAGCAUUGAUAACUGGUCGACGUGAAUCAAAUAUACCAAUUGAGAAUGUUUUGGUAUUAGUUCGUAACCGUAGCCAUUUGAAAAUCACCACCACGACAUCACUUUUUACGAAAAAAAGGAUUUGGAACCAUACAUGAUCUUGGAUCCGCUAUUUUAAAUGAAUUAAAUGUGUUCCAUUUUACCUAACACUAUUCAGAGCGGGCUUUUUUGCUUCAUGUGACGAUAAAGAAAUGGACCUUACUUUUUUUGAAUUUAUCCUUGUGUUAAUUGUCCUUCGAGCCUCGUUUUGGGUUUUUUUUGUAAUAGCAGACAUUCGGUGAAUAAAGAGCCGGUAUCCUUUCAAAUUACGAUCCGUCACUUUCUUUUCAACUUCGAUAAACACUUCGAUGAAUCUUACCAUCAGUUAUAAUGAAAAAAGUAGUUUCUUUUGAUUACCUCUGGACCUAAUUUAGCCGUGAGCUAAUUUUUGGCCCAAGAUAUUGAUUUGUCNACGACACGCUUAGCGUGCCGUAGAUCACGGAUAUGCGCAUAUUAAAUUGUUGUUUUGGUAAAUUUAACACGCUAGACCUUUUGUUUUUUUGUAGCGUGCGAUAUGUCACGGUAAGUGUGCGAAUUAUACCAUGCUUAGCGUGCAAUUUGGGUAAGACACGCCGAACACGCUUGAUUGCUAAAACUGCUAAGAUGAUAAAAAUGGCUUUGGUUUUCAGCGGAUUUAAUCAGCAUUGAUAACUGGUCGACGUGAAUCAAAUAUACCAAUUGAGAAUGUUUUGGUAUUAGUUCGUAACCGUAGCCAUUUGAAAAUCACCACCACGACAUCACUUUUUACGAAAAAAAGGAUUUGGAACCAUACAUGAUCUUGGAUCCGCUAUUUUAAAUGAAUUAAAUGUGUUCCAUUUUACCUAACACUAUUCAGAGCGGGCUUUUUUGCUUCAUGUGACGAUAAAGAAAUGGACCUUACUUUUUUUGAAUUUAUCCUUGUGUUAAUUGUCCUUCGAGCCUCGUUUUGGGUUUUUUUUGUAAUAGCAGACAUUCGGUGAAUAAAGAGCCGGUAUCCUUUCAAAUUACGAUCCGUCACUUUCUUUUCAACUUCGAUAAACACUUCGAUGAAUCUUACCAUCAGUUAUAAUGAAAAAAGUAGUUUCUUUUGAUUACCUCUGGACCUAAUUUAGCCGUGAGCUAAUUUUUGGCCCAAGAUAUUGAUUUGUCACCCGGGUCUCCUGUCAAAAAAUGCACAAUAUUUAUUCACACACAGAGGAAAUCACAUACUGAAUAUUUUCUCAUUUCCCUUGUAACAGAUUCAUGCUGUAAACAGUAUUGACUUAAAAGCAUCAGAGACAACACCUGCCAAGCGAAGAACAAGAUGUUAUAAAGAAUCCCUAAUUUGAUUUGUUACAAAUACAGAGAAAUUACAACUGACAAAGUAACACGAGGUACUACUUUUCAAAAGUAGCUUGUAUGGCGAAAUGUCCGUUUCAGGCUAGUAGUGGUAAGAAUAAAUUUAAACGUUUAUAAUCCUAUCAAUUAUUGAAUAAUUUCAUAAUACAAAUUUUUUUCAGUGCUAAGUAGGUCAAUUUCAGACUACCGCCAGUUAAUUCGUUCCAAUGUAUAAGCGGCGGGCGCUGGCAGUUUUGAGCUCUGACUGACGCCUCGAGCUCAUGAUGAAAAUUACCGACAGCCUUCUAUGGUUAUCAAGUUAAGAGAACAGUCAUAUUGCUUUGCAGUAUUCGGCAUUUCCCUCGCCAGCAAGUUUUAUAUACAUAAACUACUUGAUCUGGGGAAGUAUUCAGAUACGUUGUACAGUAUAAUGUCCAUUAUUAUUUGCACGGCUUAUAACGAUCUUUGAACGAAGGAUAAUAGGUAUGAUAAAACCUUCUUCACAGUGUUCCACGACUGGGGAUAGUAGUUUCGCUUCCGUCGCCCGCUCGACCAUUUUUUUUUUCUUUGUGGUAGGGGCGAAUAAAAAAUAAUAAAAAUAAAAGACAAAUGACUUAAUAGCAAACCAACAACAUGUAAGGGCUGCAUAUAGAUGGUUUCUUGCAUAGGAAAAGAGUAAGACAAAUUCGACUGUCAUUUCUUUCAAUGCUAGAACCGAUUUUAACCUUAGACUGGACCACUUGAUUAACAUUAACUUCUUGGAUUCCGGAUUCCACGUCACAGAUUCCGGAUCCCAGGUACUGGAUUCCAACCUUUGUCAGUAGAACUUGGAUUCUGGAUUCCAUGCCAAUCGCUAAUAAUGUCCAGAAUCUUAUUAGUAUGGUGGCCCAAAAGUGUCACGGCAAUUUCAGUUUUACUCACGGCAAUUUCAGUUUGUUCAGGGCAAUAGGCCCUUUGCAGGUUUCCUUUCACGUGGUACAAAACCGGCACAUUCGGACGCAAACGUCGCACUAAGACAAGAUAAACAAAUUAAAUUACCAUUUAAAAUUAUGCAUGCCUGUUGUUGGUCUUGCCCCAAUGCGACUUUUGCGUCCCAAUAUGCCAGUUUUGUACCACGUGGAUGGAAACCUGCAAAGGGCUAAUUUCAAUUUUACUCACGGUAAUUUCAGUUUGUUCGUAAGUAAAUUGAAUUUGCCGUGCGUAAAAUUGAAAUUGCUGUGAGUAAAUUGACAUUGCUGUGAGUAAAUUGAAAUUGCUGUGAGUAAAUUGAAAUUGCCGUGAGUAAAAUUGAAAUUGCCGAGAACAAUUAAAUUGAAAUUGCCAUGAGUAAAAUUGAAAUUACCGUCAACAAAUGGAAUUGCUGUGACACUUUGGGCCACCGUACUAAUGGGAUUCUGGAUUCUUUGAGCUGUAUUCCGGAUUCCAAAGCCCAGGAUUUCGGAUUCCACAAGCAAACAUUCCCCGUAUUUCGGAAUCCGGAUUGCCUUUUUUUUACAAGGGGAGAAGUUUCAAUGUUUUCAGAAUAUAGAAGUUAUAAUGAAGAAAAUAAGCAAGAUUUAUGCAUUUAUGAGCUUGUCUAGUUCAUUCGCGAUUCCAAAAGACUCGUCUGAUACCAAAACAUUGGCAAAUGUAUUUAAUUGGAUUGAAAAAUAUCGAUUGAAAAAUCUUAGUUUAAUGAAAUAGGCCUUUUGCACGAUGACGUCUAUAAUUUACUACGAGGACCAGAAUUCAUUUCGUUUUUUUCUUUCAUACUUAAACCUGGUGAUCCCAAUGAUGUUUAUAAUAACAAAAGCAAUAUUUCGUUAAACAUUUUGCACAAAAAUGCAAAACCCUGAAUGAUUCUGAUAAAAGUAGUAAAAUGAUGCCAUCGUGCAAAAGGCCCAUUGAAACACAAAAUGAUGAAAAAUCUCACACGAAAAUAAUUAGAUCUCGAGAUGAGACUAACAAAAGUUCAAAAGGACUGAAGAAUAUUACUCAAGGAGCAUUAAUAUUUAUGAAUUCGAGGUCAGCGAGGACAUUAUUGAAAAAGGGGUCUGAAAGCCAUAUAAGGUAAGCUAAGGUACCUUCAAUGGAUCUUGUUUUCCUUGGACACGUUUUCUUUAAAGUUACAAAAUCAAUAAUGUGUGGUUUCGCUCUUCUAUAUCCACUAGAUAAAGCCUUACAUAAUUUUACGAUCCAUACAAGAAAUGUUCGAUCGCAAAUAGAGUGCUCCUUGUGGUGUUUGCGGCACCAGCCCUGCCGAUCUUUCAAUUAUCAAAAUGAAGCGGGUAAACUCCACAUCUGUGAACUGAACAACGAGACAGCACUAACGAUGCCAAAUGACUUGGUGCAUCGAACUGGCUUUGCAUAUUUCGAUUUUGGAAUGGUAAGGAUGACAUUUCUGGUCAGCCUGUAUGUAUCUGAGGUUCACCAAUUUUCAGAUUAUGGAUAAGCGCUUAUUGAAAGGGCGGAAGACGGGGUUAUUAAGGUUAGGUGAGGUUGUGACGUCAUGAUUUUGGAUGGCCGCCAUCUUGGAUCCGCCUCGGCUGAAUUGGUUAGCUUCAGAGAACUACGAAUGCUGGGAAUUACUCAACGCUUAAAUGAUCUUUACCUAUAAAAUCAUCUAGAAGGAAAAAAUAUCUCUCGCCACAAAAUAUUCCAAGAUAAAUUUCAGAGAUAUGGUAAUAUUUAGUUAAAGAGGAUGAAAGCAAUGCUUGGCAACUGGCACUGUCCCGGUCCGCAAUUUUCGAAGAAAGAACAUGCCAUUUUUAGUUUAUGCUCGUUAACUUUAUCCCUAUACUGUAUUUUGAUAAAUAUAUUACAUAUAUAAUGGCCAUUUUAUCAGUGUUUGAUCACUGAUGAAACUAAUCCUCUAUCUUCCUAGAAUCCUUGCCUAAAUGCGAAUUGUCAAAACGGCGGGAUUUGUUAUCAGUCCCUUGAAAGACAUUCCGCUUCAUAUAUGUGCCAGUGCAAACUGCGUUACUAUGGAAACUACUGCCAACACCUCGUGGGUAAUUAUCACAGAAACCUGUAAAAUUUGUUUUCCCAAGCUAUUAGAACUAGAAAAUAAUACGAGCUAGGUAUCGCAUGCCCAUACAGUCUGGACAUUAUUUAUAGAUAUUUAUUUAUCCACCGUCUAUUUCGUUAUCCACCUUUUAUCAAUGUCGUGUAGUUACCUAGUAUAAACUCGAUCCUGGCUUUGUAAAUUUAUACUUUUAUACUCUGAGAGAGCCCAAUAUUUAUAAGCCUUGUGUUUUUUUUUGGAGGGGGGAGGGUGCUUCCUCACAACAUUGCUUCUGUUUACUUUCCGUAUUCUUGUCUUUUGUUUUUUCUGUGGUGAAUUAAAUAAACUAAACUAAAGUAAACAUCGUCUAUAGCUAUCCACUGUGUUUGAGUAAAUAAAGAAAUGAAAUCCGUGCAGGUCAAGAAGAUAAAAUUGUGCUUUACAUGUAUUUCCCUUAUGCAGGAUUUCGUUUUGCAAAUUCCAGCUCAGGAGAUCACGCUUCUGUUCUAGUAAAGGGAAACGCAGAGAUCAACUGUUUGACUGUUUGUCUGCGAUUUAAGACCACUCAACUUGGGAUUGGCACGUUGCUAUCAUUCGUCAACAACGAUUCUCCUUUUGUUGUGCAACUUCACGUUAACAGAACUGUUAGAAUUAGAAUGAAAAAUCAUAGCAGGUAUUUCUUUAUUUAGUUAUUUUUUUAUAUUUUUCCUUAUCCUAAGUGAAUUUAUCAAGCAGAGUAGCAUGAUGGGAACAGACUUUAAAUAGACGUCAUCUUAGUGCAUAAAUCUACUUUUGUUAACUUAAAUUCUGACUUUGAAGACAAAUAGACCCAGGAAGGAAAAUAUACAUCUUUCGACAGCUAACGAAGACCAAAGAGGUUGUCAAAGGGUUACUGUAACUUCACCCCCCCCAAAAAACCUGUCCCUGCAAUUAAAACAUUUUCACAGCGUCCCAAUAGGAUUCUUCAAUCCUGUAAUCCCGCCCCAAACUUUCGUGCAAUCCCGUAAUCCCGAGGGUUAUUUUUGGUAUCCCACUUCCCGCGCAUACGUUCAAUCCCGAAACUCGUCUCGAUGUUGCUUUCAAAUCCAGAGUCCCGAGCUUCAAAUAAGGGAAAUUCUGGGUCCCGAGAAACCUAUUGAAGGCCCCUCCUAUUGAACCUGGUUUAUGUUUAAUUCACUAGUGACUUCACUUAUAUAUCUCUGUUGGAUAACACCUGGCAUCACGUGUGCUUCACGUGGGAAAACAAUGUUGGAAAUCUAUCACUAUAUAUCGACGGCCUACUGAUUGGACAAAAGCAAAGUGUACUUUUGGGACACAGCAUAAAAAGCUCUGGCACGCUUGUUCUGGGUCAGCUACAGGAAAUAAUUGCAGGGAAUAACGUCUUGAAAGAAUCGUACCUUGGAGAUAUUACUGAUGUGAAUAUGUGGAGCAGUGUGUUAACUUGGAGUUUCAUUAGUGAACAAUCACGUUUGUGUCAUCGUUAUUCCGGUGACUUACUCUCUUGGUCAUCAUUUUCCAGUGGGCUUCUUCAAUUUCAUAAAAGAGAGGGUAGCAUUCCUGCGGAGUGUAGAGGUUUUGGUGGGUGCAUUUCCAUACAAACGAUGCAAGUUAAUAAGUAAUGGUAACAGGACUGAGUGGAGUCCAAUUCGGUCUGUAAUCAUAAUCGUGAUUAACAAAAUCGGAAGACCGCGUAGCGGGAUUUGUUUAAUCAGGAGUAUGACCGAAUUGGACGACACGAAGUUCUGUUAUCAGGUAAUAAUAACUUUAACAAAAUUUGUGAUAUAUUAGGCUCUUUUUUAAAUCAAAGCACAAGAAAUACACAUUUUUUUUCUAGCUAUGAAAAAAAAAGCCAUUUACGCGCUCGAGUGAUAGCGCGUACUGCCCAAUUACUUAGGCAUGAGGCGUACUGUCCUAAUACACUGUCCUAUUAGAGCUGAAAUCAGGGUAUUUGAUAGCCAAUCAGAUCUCAGAGUAUUGUUAUAGUUAUAGUUAUAGUUAUAGUUAUGGUAAUAACAAUAAUAAUAAUAAUAAUAAUAAUAAUAAUAAUAAUAAUAAUAAUAAUAAUAAUAAUAAUAACGAUAACGAUAACGUUAACAUUGAUGGUGAUGAUAGUGAUGAUCACGUGAUGUAAAUGCUAGGUGUCCUGUGCACUAGGCCCAGUCUGCGCCGAGGUGUUGUCAUUCGACACUAGGUCAAACCUCGGCAUACAUGUGCUUUUAUCGCUUGUUAUUUUCGCCUUUAUUUCUCGGAUACGGAUCGUUUAACUAGACUCACAUCGAAGGAAUAGAACAUUACGGAAGCAUUACGGAUAUUUCAGCAGUUUUCAAGGUUACGGAUAGAGACACUUGCUUGUUUGUAAGGAUUUCUUGUACGGUAUUGUAUUCGAACGGUGUGCUGAGCGUAGUUGAUCGGAUCGAAUAAAACGUGGAAUUGACAUCGAAUUGACGGCUGUUACACGUGAUAUCUAUGAACGUGAACUAUCCAAUGCUAAGAAUAGGUAAACCAACUAACACCUUGUGUGUUCUUAUCCAGAUCCUUCUUCAACGUUUGAUAUAGAAUUUCCAAGGAGGACCAACCAAGACUAUGUUCUGCUAAAGGAAGCCUUGCCAGCGCUUAGUGCUUUCACAAUUAGCCUAUUUGUCAGCUUCACAGAUCCCGGGGACAAAACGUAUUUCAACUAUUUUGCCCAGGGGAAAAUGAAUGAAAUAUUUUUUCACGAAAGAGACGCAAAAUUCAUUAUAUGGAUCAAACGAAAAGCAAGGUUGGUGUAGAAUCUGCUAAAUCUUGUUACCAGAAAAUACAAUCGUUUCAAAACACAAUAGUUUUCUAGUCCGGAUAAAUCGAAACGCAGUUUACUCGUAGUCUUAGCCUUCGUCAACGAGCCACAAAUAGCUAAAUAGCGCCUCGCUUUCAUGAUUGAACUUUCUCUAGUGUUUCUUUGACAAAGCACGAAAACGAAGGCUUCUUUUUGUUGUUAUAUUUUCCUUUUUUUCCAAUUUAAAUAAUUAUGCUUUUCUGCGCAUUAUCAAAAGAAAUGUAAAUUUCCUAGAAAAGCAAUUGGACUAGCUGAGUUUCGUUCAUACACGGAAGGUGAGCUGCAGAAUAAUAAAUACAGAUGAGAGUCAGCUAGGAAUAAUAACAGUAUUAUGACAAACCAAACAGUAUGAUAACAAACCAACCGCUGCCCGGUUAGCUCAAUUGGAUAAGCGUCGGUCUGCCGAGCGGGAGGUCGGGGGUUAAAAUCCCGGCUGGACCAAAACUCAGGGUCUUAAAAUAACCGAGGAGAAUGUGCCUUUGUUUUGACAUCUACUAAUUUUUAAAGGUUCUAGUCUUCUCGGAUAGGAACGAAAACCGUAGGCUCCCUCUCACAGCUCUUUCUCUUUUCUGAUUCUUGUGGGACGUAAAAGAACUAACACUGUUGUUCAUAAAGAUUAAGGGGCGUAGACGUGACGCCACCACUGGUUUCCUAGCAAAAUGACAUCUAAGAAACAAGCGCAGAAAUUUCAUACUGAUUCCGCGUCAAUACCCAGAUCUAGGUAGUACCUCUGAUUGGUUAAAGCACAUUUCCCACGCGGCAUGACCAAUCAGAAGCACUACCCAGAUCUGGGUAGUGACACGCGCGCUCGUUUCUCAGACGUCAUUUCGCAGGGAAACCAGUGAUAGCGUCGGAAAUGUCGGCUGUUUUCUCAGGCUAAAAAAAACGACCGUUUGGCAUAGUCGAACGACACCACCCAACUAACUCUAGGAGAAAAAACCUCAUGAUGAGGUAUGUCUAGCCAUUUUUGUGGAAUUUUUGCAUUUGAUUCCAGGUCGCACCAAUUGCAGAUCUCACCGAACGCUUUGUGGCAUCAUUUAGCAGUGACCUGGGAAAAUGUUAAUGGGAGCUACGAGAUAUUUGUAGACGGCAAGUUUAGGGAAAGAGGAGAGGACUUGGCGAAAGGAACUCUUAUUAUACCGGAAGGAAACGUUGUUCUCGGAAACGACAAAGAUUCCCAUGUAUCUGCCGGCUUUGAAGCCAGGGAUGCUUUCGUUGGAAACAUUUCCAGAGUUAAUGUUUGGGAUUAUGUGCUUCCACGUGAAACCAUAGAGUUACUUUCUCAUCGAUGCGGGCUGGAGAACGGUAAAACGGUUGGGUGGAGGGACUUUAAGAAUGGAUCUUUCAAUGGUGAGGCCUUCAUUCGGGAACCUUCAUCUUGUCAGCGAGUGGAAUAA